GAGCCUGCGCUGCACCGAGCGCGGGGCUGCUGCGGGGCCGCCCGAGGGACACGGCUGCUGCGCUGGGCUGGGCUGGGCUGUGCUGUGCUGUGCUUGCCUGUCACAGCCUUGAGCAGCUCGGCGUUGGACACGGCUGCAGGUGUGCUGGGGAUGGCUGGGUCACGGCUCAGGCCCUAACCCAGCAAAGACAAGGUGACCCGAGUGCCCGGGGGGCCAGGGCAGCAGCGGGGCUCUGCAGAGACACCGGCUCCCACCUCCUCUGCGUUGCCAUCACUGUGACUCUCUUCCACAUGACCUCUCACCAUUUUAACAAAUUUCAAAAGCAUUCUGAAGAUAGAGCCUUCAGAGUGUGGUGAGGAUUUCAACAUCCUUUUCUGUUACUGCUUGUAUUGAAGGCAGAGCAGCCAUAAACCUAUUUCAGAGCAAUCUCCAUCAAAUCUUUAAGCACUCAGCUUUGGAGCUGGUCGGGUCAAGGAACAUUGACAGUUAGUAAGAAGAGCACAAGUGACCACAGAGCACUGGAUGGGGAUCUAUUUUCUGCUGUUAAUUGUGGGGCUGUGCUGGGGGCAGUAUGACCCCAACACCCUCCCAAAGAGAACCUCUAUUGUGCAUCUCUUUGAAUGGCGCUGGCAGGACAUUGCUCUGGAGUGUGAACGCUACUUAGCCCCUAAUGGAUUUGGAGGAGUUCAGGUUUCACCUCCAAAUGAAAAUGUUAUCAUUACUGACCCCAAGCAACCAUGGUGGGAAAGAUACCAGCCUGUCAGCUACAAGCUGUGCACAAGAUCUGGAAAUGAAACUGAAUUUAAAGACAUGGUGACCAGGUGCAACAAUGUUGGAGUGCACAUUUAUGUGGAUGCAGUGAUCAACCAUAUGUGUGGAGCUAAUGCUGGGGCUGGUGACCAUGCUACUUGUGGAAGCUAUUUCAAUGCAAAGACUGAAGAUUUCCCAGCUGUGCCCUAUUCUGGCUGGGACUUUAAUGAUCAUAAAUGUAAAUCUAGAAGUGGAAACAUUGAGAAUUAUCAGGAUAUAUCUCAGGUGCGGGACUGCCGCCUGGUCAGCCUGCUGGACCUGGCCCUGGCCAAGGACUCGGUGCGCUCCAGGAUUGCCGAGUACCUGAACCGUCUCCUGGCCAUCGGCGUCGCAGGCUUCCGCAUCGACGCUGCCAAGCACAUGUGGCCUGAGGAUGUCAAAGCCGUUUUAGACAAGCUGAGAGAUCUAAACACUCAAUGGUUUCCUGCAGGAACUAGACCUUUCAUUUACCAAGAGGUAAUUGACUUGGGUGGAGAGCCCAUCAAAGGCAGCGACUAUUUUGGAAAUGGCCGAGUGACAGAAUUCAAAUACGGUGCCAAACUGGGGACAGUGAUCCGCAAGUGGAACGGAGAAAAGAUGGCCUACUUAAAGAACUGGGGAGAAGGCUGGGGCUUUGUGCCUUCUGACAGAGCCUUGGUCUUUGUGGAUAAUCAUGACAACCAGAGAGGACACGGGGCUGGUGGAUCUUCUAUUCUGACCUUCUGGGAUGCCAGGCUCUAUAAAAUGGCAUCUGGUUUCAUGCUUGCCCAUCCCUAUGGGUUCACACGUGUGAUGUCAAGUUUUCGCUGGCCAAGAUAUUUUGAAAAUGGAAGGGACAUCAAUGACUGGGUUGGACCCCCAAGUAACGAGGAUGGCUCCAUAAAGCCUGUCACAAUCAACGAGGACACGACCUGUGGCAACGACUGGGUUUGUGAGCAUCGCUGGCGCCAAAUCAAGAACAUGGUUAUCUUCCGUAAUGUGGUGGAUGGUGAGCCUUUCUCCAACUGGUGGGACAAUGGCAGCAAUCAAGUGGCCUUUGGCCGUGGUAAUAAAGGCUUCAUCAUCUUCAAUAAUGAUGACUGGUCCUUGAAUGUAUCUCUGCAGACUGGUCUGCCUGCUGGCACUUACUGCGAUGUCAUUUCUGGGCAAAAAGAAGGAGACUUCUGCACAGCAGUUGAAGUUCAUGUUGCUGCUGAUGGCAUGGCUAAUUUCCUGAUUGGGAAUGAAGACAAAGACCCAUUCAUUGCCAUUCAUGUUGAUGCCAAAUUGUAACCAGAUGUGUUGUGCAUGUGCUGUUUCUUCUCCUCUGUAUCUUUAACAGCAGACAGAUGUGCAGAAUGUCCUGGCUCUCAGCACUGCAUGAACUGAGACAGAGCAAAUUAUAUUAGCUGUAAUACUAAUGAAAUGGUGAGCAGCUGCCAUACAGACACCUGGUGGUGCCAGGGCAGAUUUGGGAGUGGUGCCAUACAUCUGUGUGCAGCCUGCAGAGCCUGUCUUAGGAGGGGUCCCAUUCCCCUUUGCCAGUGGCACUGCCAUCCAUUGCAUGGGGUUAUUGAGGAUGGGUCCAUCUUGUUCUUGGCUGACAGUGGUGUAUUUUUCACUGGAAAAUACAUGCCAUUGGAAACUGAAAGUCAUGCAGUGACAUUCCAUCACCUGAAUGGGACUUGGUGAAUGGGAAUGGUGAUGUAAAAAUAUCCUCAGGCCCAUUUGAUUGUUCUCAGUAAUAUUGAGGAAUGAGGCGGUUUGUUUUCACUGGAUUGGUAAUCACAAGGUACAAUCACUCACUGGUUCCUUGCUGUUAGUGAGUAGAAAUGUCAUUUGCAGUAAUUUACUAUUUCACUGUAGUAGUGGAAAAAGAGGCCUUAAAGGGCUAAAAGGCCUUAAGGUCUGGGAUAUGAAAAUGAACAGGUGGAAAAUGGGACCUGCUUGUGUGUUUUGUCCUUGUAGACCAAAUCUGGGAAAGAGAAGGAUGCAUGUGACACACUGGUAUGGCUAGUUUCAAAAAGAACACACCAGAGGCAGUUCAGGUAUGAAGUCCGCUGAUAUUUCUGGAGUAACUCGUAAUAUUUUUUUGGAACUUUUUUUCCCUCACAGGUAUUCAUCAAAUGCCAGUGAUUUUCUAGUUUUGUAUUCUCUUGGAAUACUGUUUUAUUGUUAGUUUGUUUAUUCAUGGAGGAUUGAUCUUAUAAGUCGGUUCCAAAUGAAGACCUGAAAUCAUUUCAUGAAGAAAAGUCAAAGGUCUUUUUUUUUUUUUUUUAAGGAGGACAUUGUAGGUGAUGCAAGAAAGGACUUGGGCAACAGCUCUAGCUUUCAAAUUGAGUUGUAUGUCAGGCAGCUAAAACUCAUCUGCACUGUAGUUUGCAUCUGAUUUUGGGUUUUGUUCCUUGACUCAGAUGAAUCAUUGAUCACUUAAAGUGAGAUGAAACCUUAUGCAGUUUCUGCUGGAGAGGCAAAUGCAGCUCUGGUCACUUUACAUCAGCUGCUCUGCAUGACCCUGUGAAGAAAACCAGUAACAGUUCAACAGUCAUAGGCAAUGACACCAGAGAAACAUUAAGUGUGAAAAGGUGUCAGUUCCUAGUUGCCAGUGGGAUUCACCUGGUGAAGACCCACAACCUCUCCUGUGAUAAAUCUGUUAUUGACUAAACAUUGCUGCUGUAUUGGUUUUGCACUGCCUGGAUUUUGGUAGCCAGGGGACCACAGAGAUGGCUGCUGUGGGAAGCUGCUGGAAGCUUCCACCGUGUCCAGCAGAGGCAAUCCCUGAUGGCUCUGAAGAUGGACAUGCUGCUGGCCAAAACUAGGCCAGUGAGAGAGAUUGGUAAUUCCUCUGCGCUCAUAUUUAAGAAGAAAAUCAAAGCAGUCACACAGUUUUUCUUCUAGUCAGAGAAGAGGAGGAGGUGAGAACAUGUGAGGGAAACAUGGGGACACCAAGUUCAGAGGAGAAAGUGGCAGGAGGUGCUCCUCUAGGUGCCAGAACUGAGCUUCCUCUGCAGGCUGUGGUGAGAGCGUGGUGAAGCAGCUGUGCCCCUGCAGCCUGUGAGGAUCCAUGGGGGAUACAGAGAUCCACCCACAGCCCAUGGGGAAGAUGCCCAUGCUGGAGCAGGUGGAUGCCUGUAGGAGGUUGUGAUCCAGUGGGAGGCCUGGUGGAGGGAGGGGUCCUGCUUCCAUGGUGGAGCAGCCUGUCCUUGGAGGACUGCACCCCAUGGGAAGAGAGACCCACACUGGAGCAGUUUUGGGAGGCCUGUUUGCCCAUGGGAGGGACUCCUAUUGCAGCAGUUUUGGCAGGGCUGGUGCUCGUGAGAGUGGACCCACACUGGAGAAGUUCACAGAGAACUGUCUCCUGUGGGAGGGACCCCACAACCUCAUAGGGAAGGACUCCUCUCCCUGAGCAGCAGAAGAAAAUCUCAGUGAUGAACUGACCCAAACCCCCAUGCCCUGUCACCCUGCGCUGUCAGUGGGAAGGAGGGAGGGACUGGUGGGGAAAAGGUGUUUCAAGAGCAUAUUUUAUUUCUCAUUAUCUUCCUCUGAUUCUGUUAGUAAUAAACAUACUUUGCCACCUUAA